GCGGGGGCGCCGAUGCAAGUACGCCUUUAGUUUGGCAUAGCUUUGAAUACCCCUACCAUCAUCGGGAUGUCGGAUUCAAUUUUGGUGUCCGAAGUGUCUCGGAAUAACCCGAGAAUAUCGAUUUUCAAUUUCAAUAUUUCAAUAACCACAAAUUCUAAACGACCGUUUCUGUAAAUAGUCUCGUUCCCCCUUCGUAGAUGUCGUUAUUAUCAUCCUUUCGAGCACUCCCUCCGCGCACCCGCGCAAUGAUAGGCGCAAGCUUCAUUGCUUGGGGUACAAUCGGUCUCUAUUUGUCUGAUACGGCAGAAAAGAAGCUUGGCUUUGAACCUACAGAGCAGGAUAAAGCAAAGAUGCCUAAGUUUACGGUGGUUGAGAAAGAGAACUGA